AUGCCGCUAUACCAGAGGACCCGGCGGCCAGGGKACCCUCCUCCAGCCAGAGCUCAUGCUUUGACUUCAACUGCAGCAUCUGACUAUGAAGGCCGUUCUGUUGCCAACGAAUAUUCGACUGAGCCUCGUGACUUCGUGCUGCAGAGCUUGCUGGUAACAGAGGAAUUGCUUCCCGCGAUUGCUGAGCCUGAGAACGUCACGAAUGGACUCCUCACCUUUCCGGAGGACCUCCACGACUUGAACGACAGGGAAGGCAUCUUUCGCGUCCCAGAUCCGCAAAUGGACGAGAGAGCUCGUAGACGUAGACGAAGAGCAGUCAAUCGACGAGCAAGGCAAGCCUUAGCAUUUGCGGAGGACCGAGCUUCUGACAUCCGAGGGGCACAUCUUGAGCGAGCUAAUGCCAGCUACGAAGGAAGUCUUGAAAUUUUGAUGGAGAUGGAUGGAGCGAAUGGAAGUGCAGAUAUCACAUCAGGGGACUGGAACGGCCUUUUGGCCACUCCCGAGCAUCAAUCAGAGAGGGAAUGGGGCGUAGGAGAGAGCACGCAACGACUAUACGACCGCAGGCCAGGAUUAGUAUUUGGAGUACACAACGAGCGGGACGAUGACCGAGUGGACUCGGAGCCCUUUUUCUUCAAUCAAGCCGCGGCAGAAGCAUCCACGAGACGAGCAAACCGGAUGCGACCGGGUCUCCGUCGCAUUACGGAGGCCGAAUGGCGAUCGUUCAGUCCUCCUAGCCCGGCCCGUGAUGCGGCGCCUCUAGAGGAGAGAGCUCAUGCUGAAACGACCAUGGCGCCCGCGGAGAAUGCACAGGCUGAAACGACCACGGCGCCCGCGGAGAAUGCUCAGGCUGAAAGUAACAUGAUGCCUGCAGAUGCCUUCUAUGCUGAUUCCAUGUGGCCGGAUCGCGRGAUACGAAAUCGGCGCCAGAGGUGGCAGCGUCAGAUGGAGGCGGAUAUAGCGUUCCAGCAGCAAUCUCGAUUGCCCAGCGCUUCUGAWCACGAGGUAAAUGGUACUGGCUCGAAUUCCGAGCCAUCGUCUAAUCCACCAGAGUAA